AUGUCGAGCUCCCAGGCCACCCUGAGCGCGGUAACAGAUGAGCGCAAAGCGCGCCUCGCAAAGCUCAAGAACCUCAAGAGAAAACAGCCAGCAGACGAGAUUGUCGCGCCUGAGUCAGAACGCGCAGCCUCGCCUCCAACAGAGCCAGACGUCACAAGGCUGCACCUUUCCGGGCGCAACUACGAUCCAGAAGCGCGCGGUCCCAAGCUUGGCUUCGAAGCCCCCCCGACCCAAGACCUGGAAAAUCCUACACUCGAAGAGCUCGCGGCAGACAUUGAGGCGGAUGUAAAACAGACAGCAGCCGAAGAAGCGCAGGAUGAUAAAGGUAUCGAUCUGUUCAAGCUUCAACCAAAAAAGCCAAAUUGGGACCUGAAGAGAGACCUGGAGAAGAAACUGGAGAUUCUCAACGUUCGGACGGACAACGCCAUUGCGAAACUAGUGAGGGAACGCAUCACAGGUGCUCAGAAAGCGGCCACGCAAGCCAAGAGCGUCGAAGCGGGGAGUAGGGAGGGCGAAGCAGCCGGAAUCGAUGGCAUAGCAUUAGUGGAAGGAGUGCGCGUACGCGAGAGGGAAGAUGAGGAGGAAAGACGAGAGAUGGGAGGGGAAGAGUUUGAAGAUUCGGCUGUUUAA